CUUUUGUACACCCGUUUUGUUUUUUUCCUACAUAAUACAACAUUAUUAACUGUUUGCAUCUGUUACAUGUGCCAAAAAUCAAAUUUGAUUAUACAAGCCAGUUUUUGUCUUAUUUUUUUUCGUAUUUGCCGAAACAUCUUGAAUAUUGAUAGAAGCAAUUAACGCCAUCGAACAAAAGGGGGAUGGCCCCCCGUGGCUAUUGAAAAGUGAGAGUUGAUCGGCCGAUCGAAAAGACUGAGAUACAUCCAUUAGUUGAUCGUGAAGUGGCAUAGCCGACGGACGUGUGCGAUCUCCAGAAGCAAACAAAUCGAAGAAUCCAAAAUGAAUCUGUCAAUUCCGGUACUAAUUGUGGCCCUCAUCUGUCUGGAGGCUGCGUCGGCGUUUCCCCAACUGAGACAGCGUAACGAGAAGCAGGUCCAGACCGGGGAAGAUGAUUUGCCAUCCAAGGGUGCCACAAUCGAAGAAGUUGUUGUAGAAUCUGCCUUGUACAUCAAGCCGAAGUCCAACCCACAGGUACGACGUGUCCGUUCAGCUGUAGAGCAAGGCUCUGGAAUAACCCACAAGAGGGUUAAGCGCCAAUUUGGACCAGGAUUUGGUGGCCAAUAUGCCGGAAAUCCAGGAUUCGGCGGGGGAUUCGGUGGAAAUCCAGGUUUUGAAGGUGGAUUCGGCGGCAACCAAGGAUUCGGUGGAGAAGGACAAGGAUUUGGUGGUGGACAAGGAUUUGGUGGUAAUCAAGGUUUCGGCGGAAAUCAGGGUAGCAAGGUCCAGGCAGGCACAUCGGCCGGUGCUGGAGGAACCAAAGCUGGUGUUGAUGUUGGAGCCGGACCAAAUGGUGGCAAUGCCAAUGCCAAUGUUCAGUUGAAUCCACUGGGACCUCUCGGACCCGAUGGCUACAACCAGGAGCAGGCCGCAUCCAAUGGAGCUGCCAAUAGCAACUAUAACAAUGGCCUUAACUUCGGUUCUUCGGCGGCCAGUGGACAGGCUCAGGGCUUCCAGUCUCAGAGUGCCAAUGGAUCAUUCGGUGCCUCCUCCGCCAGCACGGCUACACAGUCCCAGAACUCCAGUCCCUUUGGAUCUAACAAUGCGGCUGGCGCAUCACUAAGUCAGGUGUACCAUCUUCCUAAUGGACAGACCAUUAACUUCAGCUCCACCAACAGCUUUGCCAAUGGAGGAGCUAAUCAUGGCAGCAGCCAUGGUUCGUCGGUUUCCGUGAGCCGUUAGGAGCCAAUGGCAUCCUACAAGGAAUAUACCUCCAAGUUAAUCUAUUGAUCUAUUGAUCAGCAAUACUGUGUGCAAAUGUCGAAAAUAAUCGAAUAAAUAUUUAUGAUUGAAUAAA